AAAAAAACAAUUCAAAGCAACGGUUUUUGGCUGAUUGUUGGUUCAUUCCGGUGGCGUUAAAUAUUUUAUAAAUUUUGAUCGAAUUUUACAUGAAAGAGAUUUCUUGGACUAGGAAAGUUUUACAGUAAAUCAAAACGGCUACUGCCGUUAAUGAAAUUCGUAAUGGCGCCAACAAGACUGGCAUCAAAGCCCCUAGCUGUAAACGAAAACUUAAAUAUUUUGGGCCAUGGUAUUACAACGAGGAGUAAGCAGAUGGCUACUCUGAAAACCUACAAAGACAGUCUGAAGGCGCCAAACAAGAGGAAAGCAGAUAGUCCCAUGAAAGAUGCGACUGCUAAAAGGGCGGCAUUCGGUGAUAUUACAAAUGCCUUCAACAAGUCCAGCGCUUUGGGCCUGGAAAAAGAAAAAGCCAUCGUCGUGAAGAAAGUAACUGUUGAAAGCAAAGUGCUACCUACAGUUAAGAACAUAAGACUGCCGCAAGCCACACUAAAUGGCAAAACCUCCAAGACAAAAACCCUGCAAAGGGUUGCAACAAAUGCCAUUGAAUCAGUGCAGAAGCACUUUGCCAAAGAUCCCCCUAAACCAGUUGCUGCGCGAGCCCAGAAUGGGAUUCUCAAGAACAUUGAGAAGAAAGAGAAGACAGUUGUUAGCAAUAAGGAAAACCAGAAUGUUUCCCAAGGGUCAGGGAAGUCGGCCCGGAGUGACAUGUCUGGUGAACCCUCGCUCUACAUGACCGCGUUGGAAAAUAUAAGCCCGACUGAUGUUACUAAAGAGGAAUACAAGACUAUUAGUGAGAAACUAGACAAGGUGGUGCUAGAUGACACCAUCAACAAGUCCCUGGAUGAUGAGACGGAGUCCCCACACGAAGCCCCGGCCGGGGUGCCAGACUUCGACCAGGAAAACUGGAACGACCAGUUCCAAGUGUCCAACUAUGCCAUGGACAUCUUCAACUAUUUGAAGGGAAGGGAGCACAUCUUCCAAAUCGACGACUACCUGCAACGAAGCAAGGGCAUCACCAGCUGGAUGCGAUCUCUCCUCGUCGACUGGAUGGUGGAGGUCCAGGAGAGCUUCGAGCUGAACCACGAGACGCUGUACCUCGCCGUCAAGUUGGUAGACCUGUAUCUGACGCGGGCCACGCGCAAGCAGAAAGACAAGGAUCCGCUGACCAAAGAGGAGCUGCAACUGCUUGGAGCGUCGUCGCUGUUUAUUGCCGCUAAGUUUGACGACAGGGCUUGGCAAUCUAACACACAAAUGCGCGGUGGAAUGUCCACGAACCGCUUAUGGUUCUUGACGAAAAGAAGAUACGAGUUGUCCCGAGCAGAAUGCAGAUGCUUACAAGAGCGCAUCCCACCCCUAGUGGACGACUUCCUGUACAUCUGCGACGGCGCCUACACGCUGAGCCAGCUGCUCAAGAUGGAGAUGGAGGUGUUGUAUGCCAUCGACUUCGACCUCGGCGUGCCGCUGUCGUACCGGUUCUUGAGGAGAUAUGCUCGCUGCGCCCGUGUGUCGAUGCCCACGCUGACGCUAGCGCGCUUCAUCCUGGAGCUGUGCCUGCUGGAGUACGGGCUGGUGUCGCUGUCGGACAGCAAGAUGGCGGCCGCCGCGCUCUACAUCGCGCUGCGGAUGAAGGCGCUGGGCAACUGGACGCCCACCCUCGAGUAUUAUACCGGAUACAAACUAGCAGAGAUCCUCCCGGUGGCGCUAUUACAGAACGCAGUAUUACACAAGAAGCCCAAGUCAGCUAUCAGCACAGUUAGAAAUAAGUACUCCCACACCAUCUUCUUCGAAGUAGCGAAGGUCCCUCUCGUAGACGACGCCUUCCUCAGCAGCUGAAGCCGGCCUCGUGGCACUUUACAAACUGUAAAAAGUAUACUGAGGUGGGUCCAAAUUAUCUAACUUAAUUUAUUAGACUGCGGAAGAAGCCGAUUUUACUAUUUAUAUUCAGCCAUAGAGUAAGCUAGCCAGACAGUUACUCCCGAAAAUUGCGGUCCCGGAAUUCCUCUUGUAAAAAGUGAUCAGUUUAAUGAAAUCGGAAGCGCGCGGACCUCCAUUUUGUAAAACGUAGAAAUUAGUGACGUGGUAGUCGUAAGAUUCACCUUUCGUAGAUGGUUUGGAGGUGCCACAGGGCACGGCGAAAGCUUCUUAGUUGCACAACGUGUGUAGCCAUUCUAACUUAUACUGGUUGCAGUAUAAUUAGUAUCUGGCAUGACUCUAGAAAAUGUUAGUUUACAUGAAACUAAAACAACUUUUGUGGAUGGCAAACGCCAAAAACUGACCCUUUUGUAUUAACUCUGGAAAUAACAAUUUGAAAGGCAAUUCGAGAGGCCACUUGAAUGCAAAGUUUAUUGGCAAUUUGAACCCCGCAAUGGGGUUGUUAAAAUUAAGACUGACACCGGUGCAGGUGAAUAGAAGCUUCAACUAUUUUAUAGGAUCUUUUGAGUUACGGAGAUAUUUCUUCUUAUUUUAGACCAAUUUUAAAAGUGCCAUUUUACUUGUAUGGCUAUAGAAACAAUGUUUCAUCAAUAAUCAACAAGAUCCUAAACAAUUUGAAGCAGUGAGUGAGAGCUUGAAAUCAACUCUUUGUUUUGUGUGGACAAAACCAAAUCAAAUCAUGAUAUUACUUCCACUAACCUCCAUAGCAUACCAAAAACAUAGUCCAGUACCCCACAUUCCAAUAAAAGAUUGUUAUUUUCAUUUUGCGUAUUAGUUUUAAUAUUAUUUUUAAGACGCAAUAAUUUGCUACUUUGUCUCUAGGAAAUCUGUCUUCCUAUAGUCAGUUUUAGUUAAUUGCUUGCUCUGAAACCCUUUUGAGAUUUAGUUUUCUCACCUUUCCUUUAAUAUGAAUUGUUUAAUAAUUAAUAGAUCAAUUAUAAUAAUAAGAUGCAGAAGGCCGAGGGAGCUGAGCCAGCGAUCCUGAUAGUUUUUGUGAGAUGUCGUAUUGAGCAACAUUUGCUAUCACUUUUAAUUAUAAUUGUUAUUAUUAGAUGGAUUUUGUAAGGUUUUAAUAAGUAAUUUACAUAGUAAUUAUUGUGAGAUUAUUCCAUCUUUGUCUUAUGUUUUGUAAUUUAUCACAUUUUAAAGAGUACAAAAUAUUGGAAUGUUAUAAUAAUGUUGUUCAAUUAAUGGUAAGUUUUAGAUUAAUGUCAUUUUAAUGCUGUUUUUGUAUUCGUCGUCUAAUUAUACAAAGUUAAUGUAAACCUGAAGUGUAAAUAAAGUGAUUUUGGUUUGGUA